AUGCCGCGCAAGUCGGCUCUUAUCUUCGGUGCCUCCGGCGUCUCAGGCUGGUCCUUCGUAAACGAGAUCCUGCACGACUAUCCGAAAGAAGGAACUUGGGACAAAGUCCACGCCUUGACGAAUAGACCGCUGAAAAAAGAAGACUCGCAUUGGCCGGAUGAUACCCGCCUCAAUAUUGUCUCCGGCAUUGAUUUACUCAAGGGGAGCCAAGAGGAGCUCGAAGAUGAGAUACGCAGCAAGGCCGAUGGAGUGGAAAAGGUCACGCAUGUAUACUAUCUUGCAUACAAAGCCAACACCGACAUCCAAAAAGAGCUCACCGAUGCCGUGAACAUGUUCAAGCGCUCAACAAUCGCCAUGGACCACCUAUCGCCCGCCCUAGAAUUCGUCGUGCUGCAAACAGGCGCCAAAAUGUACGGCUGCCACCUCCUGGAGAACCAUCCUCAAGACCCCAACGGCAUCCACGUCCCACUAGAAGAGUCGAUGCCGCGUCUAACCGGCACGUGGGGCGACCUCCUCUUCUACCACCCCCAGCUCGACUGGCUUAAGCAGUACGCAGAGGACAAGGCUUGGAGCUGGUGCGAGACGCGCCCCGAUAUCAUCAUCGGCUUCGUGCCCAACCAGAACUUCUACAGCCUCGGGACCGUGCUGGGGAUCUACCUGUCGCUGUUCAGGGCAGUCGAGGGCGGAGGAGCAGAGUGCCCUUUCCCUGGUACGGAGAAGAGCUGGGUCGCUAAGAGCAACGAUAGCAGCAGUGAUAUGAUUGCCCGCCAAACAAUCCAUCUGAGCCUAACGCUGCCAAAGGAUAUGAAGGGGGAGGGGUUCAAUGUCGCGGAUGCGAAGAAUCCGGAGAGCUGGUCGACCAAGUGGCCGCAGCUGUGCCGAUAUUUCGGGCUCAAGGGAACUGGACCAAAUGAAGCGGAAGAGCGAGAGGUAAGGAAGUACAUACAGGAGCAUCUUGACACGUGGAAAGAGCUGGAGGCGAGGUAUGGGUUGAAGAAGGGGAUUGCGAAUUCGGAUCUGACGUUCAAGGGCUUUGAGUUUUUUCUCCUAAUCCAGUUCGAUUUUGACCGCGAGUACGAUAUGACGAAGAUGUAUGAUACGGGGUUCAAGGAGGAGAGGACGGUUAUGCAGGCGUGGGGUGGAGUGUUUGAUCGCAUGGUGGAUGCGGGCAUAAUCCCUCCUAAUGUACUCAACUAG